GCUCCGGCCGCGGCUUCGACGUAGGCCAACGCUUCCUCUUCGGCAACUCCUGGACCCUCUCACCGCUGUGCUUUUGAAAACCGCGCUUUGAUUGGUCGAGUUCUGGGCUCGCGCCCGUUGCCCCCGAGUACUGGCCAAUUGGCACACGUGUUGCAUCCUACGGGGCACGGGCGAGAAGGCGGCGGCCAUUUUGAGCCGCAGCCGCCAUUGGAGUGCCCCCCCCCUUUUCCCCCUUCGCCUAUUGACAGGAAAGGUUUAAGGGGGACAGAACCCUGGGAGGCCGGGCCGGGCUCGGGGGCCGCCCCGGGGGCCCGGGCCAUGGAUGUGCGUCGUCUGAAGGUGAACGAACUUCGCGAGGAACUGCAGCGCCGCGGCCUGGACACUCGCGGCCUCAAGGCCGAGCUUGCUGAGCGGCUGCAGGCGGCGCUGGAGGCCGAGGAGCCCGACGACGAGCGGGAGCUCGAGGCCGACGACGAACCGGGGCGACCCGGGCACAACAGCGAGGAGGUCGAGACCGAGGGGGGCUCCGAGCUGGAGGGGACCGCGCAGCCACCGCCGCCCGGGCUGCAGCCGCACCCGGAGCCCGGCGGCUACUCGGGGCCGGACGGACAUUAUGUUAUGGACAAUAUUACGAGGCAGAACCAAUUCUACGAGACCCAGGUCAUCAAGCAAGAAAACGAGUCAGGCUAUGACAGGAGACCACUAGACAUGGAACCGCCACAGCAACCCUAUCACCCAGAUGUGAAGACAGAGAUGAAGCAAGAAGCACCAUCCAGCUUCCUCCCACCUGAAGCAUCUCAACUCAAGCCAGAUAGACAGCAGUUUCAGAGUCGAAAGAGGCCUUAUGAAGAAAACCGGGGACGUGGCUACUUCGAGCAUCGAGAGGACAGGAGGGGCCGUUCUCCUCAGCCUCCCGCUGAAGAGGAUGAGGACGACUUUGAUGAUACCCUUGUUGCCAUCGACACAUAUAACUGCGACCUGCACUUCAAAGUGGCCCGAGAUCGGAGUAGUGGCUAUCCACUCACAAUUGAGGGCUUUGCAUACUUGUGGUCAGGAGCCCGUGCCAGCUAUGGGGUCAGAAGGGGUCGCGUGUGUUUCGAGAUGAAGAUCAAUGAGGAAAUCUCCGUGAAGCACCUUCCAUCUACAGAGCCUGACCCCCACGUUGUCCGUAUUGGCUGGUCCCUGGACUCUUGCAGCACCCAGCUGGGUGAAGAGCCUUUCUCAUAUGGCUAUGGAGGCACAGGGAAGAAGUCCACCAAUAGCCGGUUUGAAAACUAUGGAGACAAAUUUGCAGAGAACGAUGUGAUUGGCUGUUUUGCGGACUUUGAAUGUGGAAAUGAUGUGGAACUUUCCUUUACCAAGAAUGGGAAAUGGAUGGGCAUUGCCUUCCGAAUCCAGAAGGAAGCCUUGGGGGGUCAGGCCCUCUAUCCUCAUGUCCUGGUGAAGAACUGUGCCGUGGAGUUUAACUUCGGGCAGAGGGCAGAGCCCUACUGUUCUGUCCUCCCAGGGUUCACUUUCAUCCAGCACCUUCCCCUGAGUGAGCGGAUCCGUGGCACUGUCGGACCAAAGAGCAAGGCAGAGUGUGAGAUUCUGAUGAUGGUGGGUCUACCUGCUGCUGGCAAAACCACCUGGGCCAUCAAACAUGCAGCAUCCAACCCUUCCAAGAAGUACAACAUCCUGGGUACCAAUGCCAUCAUGGAUAAGAUGCGGGUGAUGGGCCUGCGUCGGCAGCGGAACUAUGCUGGCCGCUGGGAUGUCCUGAUUCAGCAGGCCACUCAGUGCCUCAACCGCCUCAUCCAGAUCGCUGCCCGCAAGAAGCGCAACUAUAUCCUAGAUCAGACAAAUGUUUAUGGGUCAGCCCAGAGACGAAAAAUGAGACCAUUUGAAGGCUUCCAGCGUAAAGCUAUUGUGAUUUGUCCCACUGACGAGGACCUAAAAGAUCGAACAAUAAAGCGAACCGACGAGGAAGGGAAGGAUGUCCCAGAUCAUGCGGUCUUAGAAAUGAAAGCCAACUUCACAUUGCCUGAUGUUGGGGACUUCCUGGAUGAGGUUCUGUUCAUUGAGCUGCAGCGGGAGGAAGCAGACAAGCUGGUGAGGCAGUACAACGAGGAAGGCCGCAAGGCUGGCCCACCUCCUGAAAAGCGCUUUGACAACCGAGGAGGAGGUGGUAGCUUCCGGGGCCGAGGGGGUGGCGGUGGUUUCCAGCGCUAUGACAACCGAGGGCCCCCUGGAGGCAACCGAGGAGGCUUCCAGAACCGAGGGGGAGGCAGCAGUGGAGGAGGCAACUACCGAGGAGGUUUCAACCGAAGUGGAGGUGGUGGCUACAACCAGAACCGCUGGGGUAACAACAACCGGGAUAACAACAACUCCAACAACCGAGGCAGCUACAACCGGGCUCCCCAGCAACAGCCACCACCACAGCAGCCACCACCACCACAACCACCACCACAGCAGCCACCACCGCCACCCAGCUACAGUCCUGCUCGGAACCCUCCGGGGGCCAGCAGCUAUAACAAGAACAGCAACAUCCCUGGCUCCAGCGCUAAUACCAGCACCCCCCCCGUGAGCAGCUACAGCCCUCCGCAGCCGAGUUACAGCCAGCCACCCUACAACCAGGGAGGCUAUAGCCAGGGCUACACAGCUCCACCGCCUCCUCCUCCACCACCACCUGCCUACAACUAUGGGAGCUAUGGCGCCUACAAUCCAGCACCCUAUACCCCACCACCACCCCCCACCGCACAGACUUACGCUCAGCCCCCCUAUAACCAGUAUCAGCAGUAUGCCCAACAGUGGAACCAGUACUAUCAGAACCAGGGCCAGUGGCCACCAUACUACGGAAACUACGACUACGGGAGCUACUCGGGGAGCACACAGGGUGGCACAAGCACACAGUAGCCGGUCUGUCCCACAGCUUCCAGAGGCGGCUUCCAGAGGCCCCUGCCGGCUUCCUCCACCAGCGCCUGCCUCGGCCCCCUCCUAUCCCACCAGGUCCUGUGGUGCUGGGGAUGGGGUCAUCCCAGGGCUGCCUCCCUCCAGCCCACUGCCUCCUUUCUGAGGGGCUUCUUCCCCCCACACAGGCCAGGCAUUUUUCUCUGGAUUCAAACAGGCAACAAUGACCUUUUAUUUUCUUUGUCCCCUCUACUUUCCCCCUCCUCUUCUUCCUCCCUGCCUCCUUUUUGACUAAAGAAUCCCCCUCUCCAUUGGUCACACGGUGAGGCCACAGUGACCAAGGGAAGGAGCCCUGCCUGUCCACUCCUCCCAGCCCUGCUCUAGCCCCUCAGCUUCCCAAACCCUCAUGCAGUUGGUUGUAAAUUCUUCCAGGAGCUGUUUUACUGUCUACUUUUCAGGAUUAAAAAAAAAAAAAAAAUCAAAAACUUAAAAAAAAAAAGUUUAAAAAGCAAAAUGUGGAGGGAGGAAGCAGUGACAUAUUUUUUUGGUAAUUAUGCUUUUUUUUAAUUUUUAGAAUUUGUCUGUUUUUACUGUGGGUCGGCCGUUGAUACUUCAUUAAAAUAACCAUUUCUUUGCUGAGUUCAGGUGACCGAGGAAGAGCCACACCCUCGAAACAAAAUGAAACACACAAACACAAAAUCAUCUUUAACCUAACUUUUUAUACGAUGUCUCAGUUCCCCAUAACUUUGCACACAAGCUUAUGUGUUCAGUUGAAUUGUAACUGCUUUUUGUAUUUGGAGAGAGUGUGACUAUUGAACUUGAAACCUUUUAUUCCAGGCGUCUUGGUAGUUUCUGCUGGGAUCACGUGGGUGAGAGGGUGAAGGGAAGGUGGGGGGGGGGCUCCUUCCCUCAGAACAUGACCUUCCCCUGCCUGCCCCCCACGGCCUCCUCUCCAGUAGUGCUCUCCCUGGUGCCAGACCUCAAAGGCUUUUCUACAGUGGUCCUCUUUGACUAUCUCACUUCCCCUUGACCCAUAUAUUUUAACAGGAUUUUAACAAAUUGCACUUUCUAAGAAAUGUUUUUGCCCUGUUUUGUUUCAAUAAAUUGACAUGGCAUAGCACCUCCUAGCAGGAAAGAAGCAGGGCCAAAACCCUGAAGUAUUACUGUAGUUGGCCUUUAAUUGGCGGGGGAAGUGGGGACCUUCUGAAGGAGAAAUUAUUUACUCAUUCAGUAAAGAAACAUUUACUGA